UGCAUAGAUACAUACAGCAGAAAGACAAUGAUAAUUCCAUUUGUUAUCCCAAGGAGCUCAAUGUAGGGAAUGCAAAUCGUGAAAUGUAGUAUGAGUGAGUCUAUUUCCUUGAGGCUGACGAGGGGCUCUUGCGCAAACCCCUGGCCGCUUUCCCUUCCAUCAGAGGCAGGCACCAGGUAUGUACUAACCCUUCCCUGGGUCGCGCAGCAGAAUUGAGCCUAGUGCGCCUGCGCAGUUCCUAGCGCGCCGGCCUGUAUGGUAGUCAUGUGCUCUCCAUGAUGCGGCCUCUGGAGUAACCGCCCCGCCAAAGGUUUGAAGUCGGCCCAUGUUGCCCGUGUCCCGAUUCCGCCCUAAUGAGGACACUCUGGGCUCUGAGAAACGACGGCGUGUCUCGGACAGCCCACCGUCGGUGUUACAGACUCGACGAUGCCCUCGGGGAGGCGGUUUCGGUCUUCAGCUCAGCGGGUCCGAGGGGCUCGGCCCUCCGCGGGGUCCAGAGAGGCCCGGCCCCAGGUCUGGGGAGCGGCCGCCACCGCCAGGGAUCCGCACAUUUGCCGCCUCUUGGUCCUCCUCUUCCGUCUCUGGCGGCUACCGCUACCACCAUUAUGCGGGAGAGCGUUUGUGGGCCGAGGACCAGGAGAAGGAAAAGGAGGAGAGCUAUCGGCAAAGGAGGCUGAAGGAAAGAGAGAGGAUAGGAGAGCUGGGCGCGCCCGAGGUGUGGGGACUGUCACCCAAGUUUCCUGAGCCAGAUUCGGAUGAACACACACCAGCUGAAGAGGAGGUGAAGAACCCGAAGAACAGCAGUUCAGACGUCACCAGUGAAGAAAAAAGCACGAAGACCGGUCAUUCAAUAAAGAGAAAAAGGAAGAAAAAGCCCUCCAAACGGAAACGUAGAAAGUAUUGUGACAGUGACAGCAAUUCAGACUCUGACGUUCAGUCUAGCUCCGGGGGCGAUAAAAGGAAGGUUAAAGCCAGGAAGAAAGAGAAGAAAAAGAAACACCGGGCAAAACAACUCAAGAAGAGGAGGAGGACUAGAAAAGAAUCCAGCGAGAUAUGCUGCGAAGCUUUAGAAAGGGAAUUGCCAGAAGAGGCGUGGAUGCAGUCAGUGAGUGCAGAUGCCCUGGAUUUAAUAGGCCCCAAAGCACCGGUAAUACAUACCUCUCAGGAUGAGAGACCUUUGAAUUAUGGCCACGCUCUGCUUCCAGGUGAAGGCGCAGCCAUGGCUGAAUAUGUAAAAGCUGGAAAGCGUAUCCCACGAAGGGGUGAAAUUGGGUUGACGAGUGAAGAGAUCGCCUCCUUUGAGGGUUCAGGUUACGUCAUGAGUGGUAGCCGACAUCGCCGGAUGGAGGCUGUAAGGCUGCGGAAAGAGAACCAGAUUUACAGUGCUGAUGAGAAAAGAGCCCUUGCAUCCUUUAACCAGGAAGAGAGGCGGAAGAGAGAGAAUAAGAUCCUAGCCAGUUUUCGAGAAAUGGUAUACAGAAAGACGAAAGGGAAGGAUGACAAGUGAGAACUUGUUUGUUACUCUGCGGGACUUUUAAACAACAAAGGUUUUGUAUGGCCAAAAUAAUAGUAAAUAGUUCUACGGUUCCCCAGUGAUACUGCGCUCACUAUGCUACUAAGUACCCUAGGGAAACACUUUUUGAGACUUCACUAGAAAGUUUUACAAACAUUUUAGGGAAUGAGUAAAAAGGUCACCCCAAAGAAAGUUGAAG